CGUCAUCCUUUGUUUAUGGGUGCAUUAUUAUCCCAUUUUUCCUUCAAUAGGGAAUUUUCAGACAAUAAAAGAUGCCUUGCGUGUAUAAAUGCUGCCUGUGGUUCUCUUUAAGGCUCGGCAAUAUUUUAAUUGCGGUUUUUUCGACUGUAAAAUCCUUGAUAUUAAUUGGUCUACUCUUGAGAGUUGGAAGAGAUAAAUUAUGGACAAUCCUGAGGACCAUUUCAAGCAAUUUAGAGUUUACUAAUGAAAACACUGAAUUUAUUACCCAAAAAUUUCAUUCAAUUUACAUGUUUGUGAUCAUGUUUUACCUGAUCAACUGUAUCACCAGUAUAAUGCUAGGAUUCGGUGCAUAUUUGUGCAACAGAUGCCUCUGCUUCCCUUUCAUAAUCCAACAAAUCGCUUAUUUCAUAUUAGGCUUUUAUCCUGCCACCAUUUUCUUCAGGUAUUUGAGUUUUUUGGCAUUCGAGUCUGUAGAUGAAGAACAUAGAGCCAAACUGAGCUUACCCACUUUCAUAGGAAUAGUAACCACCGGACAACUCUAUGUUGCAUUUAUGUUAUAUUUAACAGUUUGCUCCUACAGUUUUACAGAAGUAGUAAGGAUAUUAAGGAAACAAGUGAAAAAGCAACAAAAGCACGCAGCACCAACUAUUUUUAAAAACAAUUACUAUUAUUAAGGUAAAUAAAACAUCUCGAAGAAAACAACAGAUUUAUUUGUGUUUUAUUGCGACUACUAUAAAUAAACUUUAUGUGGCAUUA